GGUGGCAACAAAAAUAGUGUUUGAAAGAAUUUAGAGCAGUGGUCGUCAACUGUUAUUGGUUACUUAAUUUUUAAGCGUUGAAUUAAACCAAUUACUUAUAGUUUGACAAGAUAAAUGUUCUUUUCUAAAUGGCUAAAAAUAACCUAUGAGUAGUACCAGCUUGCAGCCGUGUUUGCAGCCCUGGUUUCGCUAAAGGUUUGAGAAAAUACUACAAUUCCCAAAAGUCCAUAGCGUUUGAGGAUGAGCAGACGUUGUGCUCUCGUUUGAGUUUGUUUUCGAAGUCGUUGGACUUCUGACAGGGGCGGGGACGUUGUUACGCUGUUGUCUACGGGAACUCCGCCCUCAUAACGAGUUAAUUUUACAAAACAAACGCCACUUUUUUGAGCCAACCGGUUGUUAUGAUGUAUUGAACAUGGCUGCUGCGAUGUUUUGUGAAUCUUAGCAGAUAUCAUAUAUUUAGUGAUUUAGUGUCAUUUAAUGAGCGUUCCGUUAAAAUGAAACAGGUUGAUUCAGAUGAAGAGGAAGAGGAGCAGUCGGUCGCUAAACACAAGGAGCUGAGGAAGAGUGCAAACCAGAGCAUCCAGCAGCUCAGUAGUACUGUGAAGCAAGUCAAUGCUGCUGAUCAUAAUGAUUAUGAUGAUGAUGAUGAUGAUGCUGCUGCUGAUGAAGAAGAAGCUAAAGGCAGUGGUGGAACAUUCUUUACAGCUGUGGCUGAGGAGGGCAGAGCCCCUUGGAGCCAAAAGACACAGAGUGAAGCAGUUAAUCAGCUGAAGAGUCUCCUUUUAAAGCAACACAUAGAAAUCCCCACUUGUCUUUCUCCAUCAGAAAAACCGUCUCCAUCCAAGAAAGAGCAGAUGGAAGGCCGGUCCAGUGUGCCUGUCCUCCAGAGCUUGGUCCCAAUGAUCCAUGGUCAGUCAGACUACAUCCAGCACCUAGAAGCUGAAGUCAAAUUCUGCAAGGAGGAACUGCAGGUAGUGAAACAAAGGAUCAGGGUGGUGGUGGUGGAAAAUGAGAAGCUGCAGUCUGAGCUCAAAUCCAGAGCUAUGGAUUACACCAUCCAUAACUCUGCGGUGGAUAACCGUGGCCACCAUAUCCCGCAGAGGUCAGAACACAACACAUGGAAAAAUGAGCUAGAACAGCUGAAAGUGAUCCAUCAGGCACAGAUUGAUAGCUUUCAGGCUCAGGUCAUCUCUCUCAGAAAGGAUCUGUCAGUGAGUCAGAGGGAGUGUGAGGAGCUGAAUGUUCGACUGAAACAUGCAGAGAACCGAGCUGCAGGUGCGCUAAAGGCUGGCGGAGCUCCUCGUGUCGCAGGACUGUGUCUGAAGUGUGCACAGCACGAAGCUGUGCUGGCUGAGACUCAUGCAAAUCUGCACGUCCAGGCUAUUGACAGGCUCACAAAGGAGCGUGAUGAAUUAAUGGCUGCUCUGCGUGCAGCGCAGGCGAGUCAGCAGGAGACGCAGCAAAAGGAGUGGUCAGCCUGUCUCCAGGUCAAACAGGCUGUGGAGAUGGCAGAGGAAGCAAACCUACAAAGAAACACGGUGGAGGUGCAGUGUGAGCAGCUAAGGAGGGAGGUGGUGCGACAGAGGGAACAGCUGGAAAGAGAAGCUCAAGCGUUGAAGGCGAGGCUGACCGAGGCCCGAGAGAAGGGUCGAGGAGAGGGCCGCAAACAAAAGGAAGAGCUAGUACAGACGGUAUCAAACCUUUCCCAACGCAUCGCCGAAUUAGAAGGACAUCUAGAUCGAGGUCACAGAGAGAGGGGUUCACUGACCACUCAGCUGGAAGACACUCUCAACAAACUAACCAGUCAAGAGCAACAGAACGCCAAGGUAUGCAUGGAGCUGCGGUUCCAGCUCAGCCAGGCCAAACUGAAGAAAGAGGAGGCAGAGAGAGAUCUCAGAGAGAUCAACGCUAAGGCCAGCAGACAGAUGGAAAAGGCUGCACAAGAAGUGGAAAGGCUGAACUCAGAGCUGGUUGGCUGUCGGCGGCAUCUGGAGGCGGUCCAAAAGGAUGGGAGCCAAUCGCAGACGGAAGCCCUGAGCCUUGCAGAACAGCUGGCAAAUGCCCAGCGCCAACUGCACCUCACCAGACAAGACAGAGACAACGCAGCUCGAGCGCACGUAGAGGAAAUGUCUUCUGUGACCGCUUCAACUCAAGAAAGGGAGAAAAAUCUUUGCAUGAUGCUGCAGAAAACUGAGGCUGAACUCCUGCAGAGAGUUGGAGAGGCGGACAGUAUCAUGAGUUCCCAGAAUUCCCUAAUCAGGAAACUGAAGGAAGAAUGCAGCAAACUGGUUGUCAAAAUGGAAGAUCUGUCUCAGAACAGCAGAAGUGAGCUGCAGCAGCUGGCUCUGGAGAAGCAGCACCUGGAGGAGACGGUGAAGAGUCUGAGAACUCGCUGCUCUGACCUGGAGGAGCAGUGUGUCCAGCAUGGCCGCGUGCAUCAGCGGAUGAAGGACAGGCUGCAGCAGUUGGAUCGUCACUGUCAGAGCAGCGCGCAGCAGGUGUGUGAGCUUCUGGCCAAACAGAACCAGCUGAUGCAGGAGAGAAACACACUCUGUGAGGAGCUGCAGAGCCUGCGUGUCACGCCACCGGAGCGUGCACGUGUCGAAACUCUAAGUGCAUGAGUCUUCCCGGUAACUCCUGCUUCAGGAUCUGAAUCUUCAGGGAUUUUCUCUGUUCAAAUGCAUUUUCUACAUGUUUUCAUGGUUAAUGAUGUGUUUGAGUAGUUAGAGUGGUGCCUAAUGCGGUUUUUCACAUUAAUAAAUAUAAUUAAAAUGGCAUCUUUAGGAGUUCUCAUUA